GGGACAAACAAAAAAACUGCCAUUGUAUGUGGUUGCAGGUGAUUACCCCUCGUUGAUGGGACGUUCCUGGCUGGAGCAACUAAAGGUGGACUGGCAGGCCAUACACAUGAUGACACCUAAAACCCUGGACCUCAAAGGUGUCCUUGAAAAACACAGUGAAGUUUUCAAACAGGAGUUAGGCAGCAUGGAAGGAAUCACAGUAAAAUUGACUGUGGAACAGGGAAGCCAGCCAAGGUUUUUAAAGUCCCGGCCCCUGCCAUAUGCACUCAAACCCAAGGUAGAGGCAAGCUUGAAUGAUCUUGUGAAGAAUGGAGUGCUGGAACCAGUCAAUGUGAGUAAGUGGGCAACGCCUAUUGUUCCAGUUAUAAAGAAGGAUGGAGGCAUAAGGAUCUGUGGGGAUUUUAAAGUUACUGUAAAUCCAGUGUUGUCAGCAGAACAAUACCCCUUGCCUCACAUUAAUGACCUCUUUGCGGGGUUGACAGGAGGACAAAGAUUUAGCAAAAUCGACCUCAACCAAGCAUACCUACAGAUGCAUGUUGAGGAACAGUCCAGAGAACUCCUUACCAUUAAUACACACAAAGGACUAUUUCGGUACAAACGUUUGCCAUUCGGAAUUACUUCAGCUCCAUCCAUUUUUCAGCGAGCGAUGGAUCAGAUUCUAGUGGGGCUUCCAGGAGUUGUGUGUUAUCUAGAUGACAUUCUAGUGACUGGCACGGAUGAAGAGUCGCACUUACGACACCUGGAUGCUACCCUUGCGAGGCUGAAAGAAUACGGAUUAAGAGUGCGCAAGGAUAAAUGUGAAUUUUUCCAGGUUGCAGUCGAAUACUUAGGCCAUGUCAUUGAUGCCGCUGGUCUGCAUACGUCCCCAUCCAAGGUUAAGGCCAUUGUGGAUGCACCAGUACCCAAAAAUGUCAGCCAGUUACGGUCUUUCCUCGGCUUACUGAACUAUUAUGGCCGUUUCAUUCCACAUAUUGCUACGCUGCUGAAACCUCUGCACAAAUUGUUAUGCCAUGAAAAUAAUUGGAAGUGGAACACUGAAUGCCAGGAGUCAUUCAAGAAAGCGAAGGAGACACUUCUAAGGUCAAACGCACUCACUCAUUUCGACCCUGCUCUUCCUAUUCAGCUGGCCUGCGAUGCUUCCCCGUAUGGUGUGGGAGCUGUCUUGUCCCACAUCAUGCCCAAUGGUCAAGAGAGGCCAAUCGCGUUUGCUUCCAGGAGUCUGAGCAAAGCAGAAGCUAACUAUGCUCAGAUUGAACGAGAGGCACUGAGCAUUGUGUUUGGAGUGCGUAAGUUUUAUCAGUAUAUUUUUGGAAGGAAAUUCACGCUGCUGACUGAUCAUCGCCCACUCACUGCAAUAUUUGGUCCACACCAUGGCAUUCCUGCUCUUGCUGCAAGUAGGAUGCAAAGGUGGGCUUUGUUGUUAUCAGCUCACACCUACGACAUCAAGUACCGAAAGUCGGAAUUGCACGGUAAUGCAGACGGUCUAUCCAGGUUGCCUCUCGCUGACAAGGUAAAGGAAGCAAAGGUGGCUAAAAUUUUCUAUUUCAGCCAGGUGGAACGGGCCCCUAUAACAGCCGCGCAAGUGCACAGGGGCACACGAAACGACCCUGUCCUGUCAAGUGUCGUGGAUAUUGUCAUGACGGGCAAAGAGGAGAGCGAUGAUCUGGAGCUAAAACCUUACAUCUCUCGACGUCAUGAACUUUCAGUGCAGUCAGGAUGCUUGUUGUGGGGGAGGAGAGUGGUUAUCCCCCCGGCUUUACGCAAGCCAGUGCUAAAACAGCUGCAUGUGGGACACUGUGGGAUGGUCCGCAUGAAGGAAAUUGCAAGGAGUUACUUCUGGUGGCCAGGAGUAGAUGGCCAAAUUGAGGAAAAAGCUAGGACCUGUACCUCAUGCCAGCGCAUACGUAACACACCACAACUGGCACCGCUGCACCCAUGGGAAUAUCCUGAAAAACCAUGGCAUCGCAUUCAUAUUGAUUUUGCAGGCCCAGUCGAGGACAAAAUGCUGUUGGUAGUCAUGGAUGCACACAGUAAGUGGCCGGAGGUGGCCAUUAUGAAAUCUACUUCAGCUGAAAAGACAAUUGAGAAACUGGGAGAAAUUUUCAGUAGAUUUGGGUCACCAGUGCAACUUGUCUCAGAUAACGGCCCUCAAUUUACAUCUCAUGAGAUGGCCACAUUUCUACUGGCAAAUGGUGUGCAACAUAUCACGUCAUCACCCUACCAUCCUGCAACAAAUGGGUUAGCAGAAAGAUUUGUCCAAACCAUGAAACAUGCUUUGAAAGCGUCGCUCGGGCAGGGCACAUUUCAUCAACGACUGCACAGCUUCUUGCUCUUCUAUCGUAGUACUUCGCAUGCAACCACCAAAGUUUCCCCAGCGUAUUUGUUGUUCAAAAGAGAGCUCAGGACAAGCUUUGAGCUGAUUAAACCAGCUACACUCAAAGAAACUGUUCAACGGCAACAAGAGCAUCAAGUACAGCGACGGAAUAUGCGAGCCAAGGACAGAAUCUUUGCAACAGGCUCAUCAGUGCUUGCUCGGAACUAUGGCAGUGGUCUGAAAUGGGUUCUGGUUACUGUGGAGGCCCAGACGGGUCCAGUGUCAUACAAGGUCAAGACUGCUGAGAAUCUUUCCUGGAGGAGACAUACUGAUCAGUUGCUUGGUGGAGCCAGCACCAUUACAGAUGUUCCUGAGGUCACGGAUGCCACUGAUGAAACUUCUCCAACUUCAUUAGUCUCCACAAAGGAGCCUACGAUGACCUCAAAUGAUUCUUUUGCUAACAAACCAUUAUCUUCAUCGGCAGAAAAUGGAAACCAAAUAGGACGUCGGUAUCCAGUAAGGGAGCGACGUCCACCUCGACAUUUAUCGGAUUACACUUAG